UUCCACUUCUUGUUAGUGGUCAUACUGGUACGAUCCAUACAGCGAUAUCACAUGAACACCAAUAAAUGGUCAGACAUUGGUUACAGCUUCCUGGUAGGGAAUGAUGGGAAUGUUUACGAAGGUCGAGGUUGGAGUCGUGUCGGUGCUCAUACGUCUGGCUAUAACAACGAUUUGGCAGCAUCUUUCAUCGGCACAUUUACUGAUCAACUACCAAUUAGUGCUGCGUUAAACGCAGCAAAGAACCUAAUUCAAUGUGGUGUGGAUAAAGGCUACAUAAAAUCUAGCUACACUCUUCAUGGACAUCGUGAUGUAUCUUCAACAACAUGCCCUGGGAACAUGCUGUAUGCAGAGAUAAGGAAAUGGCCACACUAUCAAAGCAAUCCGUAGAUAAUGCAAAUGAUCUUUUUGUUUUGUAUGCAACAAAUGAUGUCAUGCGUGGUAAAAAGAUACUUCUUUGAAUAUAUCAUUACACUUAAAAUAUUUAUCGAUGAAAAGACAUAACAAUGUCAAUGAAUACAAAUGUAUAUGUUUGUGGAUUGAAAUCAGUUUAAAUAAAUUCAGGGUAAAUACGAACAGUU